CUCUCCCUGCAGGCCUACAACAUCCACGUGAACGGGGUGUUGCACUGCCGAGUGCGCUACAGCCAGCUCCUGGGGCUGCACGAGCAGUUAAGGAAAGAGUAUGGCGCUAAUGUGGUCCCAGCCUUUCCCCCAAAGAAGAUCUUCACCCUCACCCCGGCAGAGGUGGAGCAGCGGCGGGAACAGCUGGAGAAGUACAUGCAGGCUGUGCGGCAGGACCCGACGCUGGGAGGCAGUGAGACCUUCAACAGCUUCUUGCGCAAGGCCCAGCAGGAGACACAGCAGAUACCCACAAAGGAGGUCAUGCUGGAAGUGAUGCUCUCUAAUGGCCAGAAGGUCGAGGUCACCAUCCUUACCUCGGACCAGACAGAAGAUGUCCUUGAGGCUGUGGCUUCCAAGCUGGAUCUGCCAGAUGACCUGGUUGGCUACUUCAGCCUCUUCCUGGUGAGAGAGACCAAGGAUGGAGCUUUCUCCUUCGUGCGGAAGCUGCAGGAGUUUGAGCUGCCGUACGUGUCGGUCACCAGCCUGCACAACCCUGAGUUCAGGAUCAUCCUGCGCAAGAGCUACUGGGACUCCUCCUAUGACGAUGAUGUGAUGGAGCAUCACGUGGGGCUGAACCUGCUGUAUGCACAGACGGUGUCAGACAUUGAGCAUGGAUGGAUCCUUGUCAACAAGGAGCAGCACCGGCAGCUGAAGUCCCUGCAGGAAAAAGUCUCCAAGAAGGAGUUCAUCCGCCUGGCACAGACCCUGAAGUACUACGGGUAUCUCAAGUUCGACCCGUGUGUCACCGACUUCCCCGAGAAGGGCUGCCACGUCGUCGUCAGCGCUGGCAACAACGAGCUCAACUUCCAGGUGCGGCUGCCGAGCGAGCAGAUCAAGGAGGGCAGCUUCAAGGUCACGCGCAUGCGGUGCUGGCGGGUCACAUCCUCGGUGCCAAUGGGCAAUGGCUCCUCGGGGAGCAGCCCGGGGAAGUCCGAGGUGAAGCUGGAGUUGGCUUUCGAGUAUCUAAUGAGCAAGGACCGGCUGCAAUGGGUCACCAUCACCAGCCCACAGGCCAUCAUGCUGAGCAUCUGCCUGCAGUCCAUGGUGGACGAGCUGAUGGUGAAAAAGUCUGGAGGCAGCAUCCGCAAGAUGUUUCGCCGGCGGGCAAAUGGGGCUCUGCGACGCUCGGACAGCCAGCAAGCUGUGAAGUCACCCCCACUGCUGGACUCACCUGAUGCCUCCCGGGAGCCGAUGGCGAAACUCUCGAGCAAGCUCACCUCUGUCAGCCUGCGUGGGAUCAGCCACUCCAGCUCUGCCAACGACGUGGGGGCUAACAACUUCCAUGGCAAUUAUGCCUUUGAGGGCAUCGGCGAUGAAGACCUGUAGUGUCCCCCCCAUCCCAGGGCAGCACCCAGGGCCUUUGCUGAGGAAUGUACGACCUGCAGACAGGUUGCAAUCAACGUGCCUCUCACCUGCUACAUCCACCUCCCCCUGCUCCCCAUGGGCUGGGGAACUUGCCCUCAGCCCACCGUUGCCUUUAGGGCAGGGGGCAGGGGCAGCUGAACUCCUGCUGCUGGCUC